GUGCUGCUGCUUGGCCCGGGCAAGGCUGCCCUGGGCCUCCUCAGGAGCUUGGAGCGGCAAGCUGCUUCGAAGCGCCAGCCGAAGGGCUGGGAGUUGCAGGAUCACAAGGUGAUCUCGACCUAUGCCGUCCGUGGCAAAGAGAAGAAAGGCACAGGCCGCUUUCAACUCUUCGAGGAUGCCAAGAAGCGCGGCUACGGCGGUCGCUCCGCAGGAGCUAAGCUCCGGCGUCACAACGCAAAGCGUUUCUUCGAGAAGAUCAACAGCAAGUUCGAUGAGUGGGGCCUUGAGCUUCGCCGGCUUUGGAAGGAAGAUCCCGAGGCAGAGGGCGCGGUGAGAGGAUGGCCGCCCACUGCCGUGUUUUUUGCAGGCGAUCUUCGAUUGCGGCGGAUGCUCUUGGCAGGGGCCGGGGUGAUGAGCCAGGAGGCCUUUAGGAGUCUGGCUGCUUACAACGAUGUGUCGAGGUCCAACGCCCUGCCCAGCAAAGCAGUGACGGACGGACUGCCGUCAGUUUCGGCAUCUAUGAAGACGGAGCAAAGCGUGACACCGUCAGCGGAGCCGGAUCCAUCCUUUAACCUUCUCCCAUCUCUUUCCAGCAAAGAGAGUGAGGCAGAAGUGCUCAAUGACUUGGAGGCUGCCAUAGAAGUGCAAUCUGGAGACACCUGGAAAGUCUUAUACCCCGGCAGGAGCUUAACAGUCCGCGGUGACGAGUCGGUCAAAGUCCGAUUGCGGGAGGUCCCGCACAUUUCUGGAACCUGCUCUGUGUCGGGUGCUGCGCUUCACGCAGCACGCAGCUUCGGUGAGAAGUUCGGCUCCGACGCAAAGCAGUGGAUGCAAAAGGAGAGGAGGGAAGCCCUUCUUGAAUCAAGCCAGCGGCGCAGACGACAAGAGCAAUUAGAGGCAGUGGUGGCGCAGAUGCAAACUUCGGGUGGCCGUUCCAGCCUGCGUGGGCGGUUCGCAAUGUACAUCGCGAUUGCCAUUCCCAUUCUUGUCGCCCUUAUGCUCGUUUGUGCAGUUCUGCAACCGGCAGACUCUAGACAGGGUGUACUUAUCAGCGCAGUGGCUGUAAUCUUACUUCUCGGCAUCAACACAGGCAAUGCCCGUCUUUGGCUGAUUGCCGAGGGGGCUUCAGCUCCUAUCCACGCUGUCUUCAAGUACUCCCACUCUUGCAAAGAGCCGCGCCUUCGAGUCUGCAUCUUAGUGUCAUGGUGCAUCGCAGCCCUGAGCUUGCUGGUCACAACCAUCAACCACCUGACCCUGGGACUGUGGCAAGGCCUGCAUUUGUUCCUGGCCUGGGAGAUUCUGAGUAGAUAUGAGUCUGCGUUUGAAAAGCUGGUAGCUAACUCAGACCUUGGUGCUGCCACGGUGUUCUUGCCAGAGUGCGCGGCAUCUUAUGGCAAGCACAGUACAAUUCCACGCAGUGAGCAGUUGGAUGGCGAGUGUUGGUGCAUCCCACUCUAUGGUACCAAAAAAUCCUGGGGAUGCAAGUGGUGGACUGCUUGGACCGCCAAUGUUGAGAAAGCCACCCGCCAGGGAGCCGAGCUGCAGGUGGUCUUUUGGAAGAACCGCUGUGGCCAAGGCAAGGUACGGAGCUUCGCCACUGUCGGUGCGGAAAACCUCCGCCGCGAUGCUUUGGAGGAAAGGAGGCUCAGCUACUUCAGAUCCCCGGCUUUCCAGGAGGCCCUGGCCGCAGGCCUGGAGGGUCUCUCGAAGGAUCUGGGGGAAGAUGGCACCUCACAGUACAGCCGCGAGGCAGAUCGCCUCUUUCUGGCCUCCCUCUCCGGAGAGGAUCGAGGCUUCCUGCAAGCUUCCGAGGGUCUCGGGAUCUCCCAGAAAGCAGAAGUUGCCUGGCUAGAGAGGAAGGGCUACCAGUACACAGAGCGCGAGGUCUAA